CGCGUCACUUCACGCGCCAAGCUGACCUUCAUCUAAUUCACUCUCAUGUCGUCUUCUGAAUCCACCUCCAAGCCCGUUGAAUCCAAAACGGAGAAAGAUAAGGAGGAAGAAAAGCCAGAAGAAAAGCCACAAGUUAACACACUUGGUCUGUUGGAAGAAGACGAUGAAUUCGAGGAGUUCGAGACAGCAGAUUGGGAUGAUUCCCAAACGGAUAUGGUGCAUCUGAAUGGUGCGACUCCCGGUGCAGUAAAGUCUGGUGGUGACAAGCUCUGGGAAGAUAAUUGGGACGAUGACGAUAUCGAAGAUGAAUUUAGCGUGCAGUUGAGAAAUGAGCUUGCAAAGACCGAAAAAAGCAGUGGUAAUGACAUGGAGCAAUAGGCAGCCCGGGGCCCCACGCCCUUUCUUAAUGUACAAUCACAUUUUACGUGAAGCUGAUUCAUCGAUCCGGUCUUUCUGUUUUGAAUGGAAAUUCAUUCAAAAAUUCUAGGAUUUUGGCUCACGGAAGAGAGGAGACUUAGAGAAUGGGAAAAGAAAAAAUCAACUGCGUAACGCCUACGAACAAUAACCUCAACUCUCCCGCUUGCAUCUCUUGCAUCUGGUGUAUUAUUGCUAUGUUACUCGUUCCACCUCCCGCUCAUAACAUCACGAUUACACUGGAAUUUUCUUCUCGUCUUCUUCAGCUGUCUCCGACGAAAUAUCGCUUCCAACUCCCAAUCCCAUCUGCGAAGU